UGGCUCCAGCUGCCUCAGAGCCCCCUGGUCACACGAUGACAGCUCCAGUGAUGCCCUCAGGCAUGGGGACAGGGAGGGUUCCUGCUCACCCCCAUUCUGAGGAGCCCAUCCUGAACUUCACCUUGAGGCUCCUGGAUGAGGACUCCAGUGCCACUCCAGAGAAGCUGCCAGUGCUCAGCCCUGGCUCUGUGAUCCACCUGGAAGCCAGUGUCCACUUCAGUCCCAGCAUCUCCAUGAAGAUCCAGGCGGAUCAGUGCUACUGGACCACCACGGAGCAGCCAGGACACUCCAGGAGGGUCUUCAUGGUGGUGAACAGCUGUGGGUGCCUGCACGGGGAGAAGCUGGGGAAGGUGUCUGUCCAGCAGCAGAGAGGGGGUUCUGUCCUCCAGCUCUCCAUCCUGGCCCCCACGCUGGAGGGGGAGCCCAAGGAGGAGCAGGUCUACGUGCACUGCCUGCUGAUGGCAUGGGGACAAGGACGUGCCACCAGGUCCUGCUUCUACAGCCACACCAUGGCCAGCUGGCACAACGCAGAGGACCCUGUCCAGAGUACCCCAUGCCACUGCUGUGACACCGGCUGUGCCGCUGCUGACACCCUCCAUGGAGACAUGCCAGCAUUCCCAGGAGAGGGGACACUCCACCGGGAGACUGUUGGACCAGUGCUGGUGCAGAAGGAGAAGCUGCCAUGGCACAAAGCCCCGUGCCGGAUGGUGAAGAGGCUCCUGCUGGCCCUGGUGGGCAGUGCUGUGCUGGGGGGGCUGCUGGGGCUGGCCCUGACCACCAGGCACCUGGGCAGGGCCCAGAGGGGACAGCAGCCACCGAGGCACAGGUGUCCCUUCCAGGCUGAGCUGCAGAGCGUGGUGGGGGCCCUGCUCCUCAGGGAGACACAGAAACAGAUGGGGCCAGAGCCUCCUUCUCACCAAUAA